AAAGAAAGAACAGGAACGCUGUAUAUCCUACGAAAUUUCCACAUACAGUUUCACUUUCUAAUCAAGGCAAUUGUGUACACAAUACUGUAUUCUAUUCUGACUCGUUUCUCAUUGAGCUAAUACUAUGAGGAAUAUUUAUAACUAUGACGUGUAUCUGAAGAAAUUAUGCUACAUUCAUAGCCAAUGCGUCUCAGCUUGCAAAAAAGAGGAAGAAGCACUGGCGGACAACAUAGAUGAGUUCACUCGAUUUCGCAAAGAGAUAGCAGUCGAUAUUCGCGAGACGCGCAAGUCUAUUGAAAAGUAUCACAGCUCCAAGCCCGCUUCUUCGAAUGCUGAGUUCGUGAAGGAGGGUGCUGUUAUAAGAAACCAUCUUAAAGAACUUCGAGGGAAGGUCGAGAAGCUCUCGGAUGCUCAAAAAGCGCACGAAAAAGAACUCGCCAAAAACAAUACACCUGAUCUGGAAAAAAAAAUCGAAUUAGAAAAAGAUGUUGUUGCGACCGCUUGGAAGCACCUUGAGCAGCUCGAGACCAUGGAACGGUAUGGGAAUAAUAUGGAGCAAAUUGAACUGUUCAAAGAUGAAGAGCAGGAAAUUGCGUUGGCCGGUGAAAUUCCAGAUCUUGACGAUCCACAAUUCACUGCGCUGAGGGAAACAGAUGCUGAAAUUAAUAAAGGCCUAGAUGAUAUAAGCGAAGCUCUGAAAAUUGUCAAGGAGUUAGCUCAAAACAUCGGAAUAGAACUAGAAGCGCAAAAUGAGCUGAUCACGGAUGUCGAUCAGGAUAUAGAUCAAAUUCAAGAAAAGGUUUUGACGGUUAAUGCGUCUAUGAAAAGAACUCUGAAAAAGUUACGAGGUCCAAAAGAAUGCUGCUGUAAUAUGUUUGUCAUUUGCUUGAUACUGGGUAUCGCAGCAUGUGUCAUCUUUAUCCUUUUGUGAGCACGUCGGCUCAGAGAGAAGUUUUUGGCCCAUGAUUCAGAAAAUUAUUUAAACAUGAGCUGUUAACAGCCGGCGACCUGUACAAAAAAUACAAAAGGUAAAAUCCUUUCUCUCAAUAGAGAGACUGUCCUGAUCUCUGAACCCAUGCUGUAUUCAAGUGCCGCUUUUUUGCUGUCGUCAAGACGUCAUUUGGGACCUCUACCUGUUCGCGUUCUGACAGGGCGGCGUGCUGAGCGUUUCACAAUAUCCGCUUUUCUUUCAACAGCGAAAUCUCAACUAACUAGAGAAAACGAAAAAAAUUCUAAAUUCGAAAAUAUAAUCAAGGCGUUUUGGUUUU